UACAGCCGCACAUCACCCAUGGCUCCCAAACGACGCUCCACCACCACCGCUGACAGCCGGCGAGUUCGUACCUUCACCGGUAGCAACCCGCCAACACCCACUAUCGCCACCACCUCUCCAUCGCUGACGUCCGCCACCGUCCGCGUGCACGCUCCACUCGAUUCCAUUGCCGCCGCUCAUUCUCCGCCGUCUCGCGUCGUGCAGUAUGCCUUGAAUAAAAUACACGCGCCCAUCGCGGACGCCAACCCACAUGCCAAGCCACCACCUCGCGCUAGUCCACAACCCUCAGCCACCACCAACGGUGAACCACUUUCUGACUUGCAUCACUCCACUUCCACCUCUUCAGCAGACCAGUCUCCUACCGAUAAUCCGGCUGUGGUAAAUACUUCUGUUGCGGGUACCCAGAUACGACUUGGGAGGGGCAGACAUCACUUACCUCCGGCUCCAUCACGAUUGAACGGUAAUCUUCAAUUUACAAAUGCAAACGAAAGAGCCAGGUAUGCCUUUGUUUCGACUCUCCCUAUUGUACAAGGUAAAAUCCUUCAUGCUCCUACUGUACAGAUAUUAAGUUUAAAUGUGGAUGUGUUGAUCGCGGGUAUUGGUUGGGAUAAUUUUUUUGCCAUUACUUGUCCAAUAUAUUAUGAACUUGUUUGGGAAUUUUAUUCCACCUUCUCUGCUGAUUCACUAACAGAUUGCACAUUAGAUACAGCUGGGAUUGUUCAAUUCAGAUUAAUGGGACAACGAUUUGCAUAUUCACUCACUGAAUUUAACAAGGUCCCAUCAUCCCGCGAUCCGAUCGAGUCUUCAAAAAAGGAAGUGCUUUACGUACAGCUCCUGUUGCCUCAGCCAUGGCUAAUCCUCCAUUUGACGCUCAACAAGCUUUUCAGGCCCUCCACACCAGAAUUGAUCAGAUGGAGAGUCGAUUCGAAAACAUUUUGGAGCGUGUUGCCACUCAUCUAGCACGCUUAGCAAACAACAUCAACGACAUGCGGGUUACAAUUCGAUCUCAACACCGACAGUAGCAGUAGGCGUCCUGACAUCUCUCCGGGUCAUAUUCUACACUCUCUUUAUUUAAUUAUUUAUUUAUUUUUGUUGUGACCCAAGUGUGGGGGAUUAGCUGCAUUUAUAUCUGCUUUGGUUGUUUUGUUCUUUUAUCACAUUGAGGACAUUGUGGUUCAAGUGUGGGGGAGAGUUUGUCCACUUGUUUUAGUUUUAAUUGAUCUUUUUGUUUUAUUUGAUUUGUUUAUCAACUUAAAAAAAUAAUAAUAAUAAUAAAAAAAAAACAAAAAAAAAUAUAAUAAAUAAAAGUUGACUUUCAGAGUUAAAUUGAAUCAUUUUAGGUAGCUGGCAUAAAUAUCAUUCUCUUAUCUUUUUAUGCAGAUCAUUAAGAGAUUCUAGCAUUUUCUUUAUGGUUUGAAAUGUGCAAACUUAUGUUUAAGUGAAUUAAUAUUGCUUGAUAAAAGACCAAUAGUGCAUUCUGAAAUUCUACUUUAACCUACUGCAGUGAGUCUUGAUACUACUAUCCAGGGAACUAAGUUAAUAAAAAAAAAAAGAAUAAUUAUUAAUUUCUUUUUUGAGUGGUUUACCAACAUUAACUGGUUCAAAUGGUACGGCAUUUGAUCCCCUUAAGCAAGGGAUGUCUCUUGUGGAUGGAAAAAGUUAGUGGUUGGGAGAAUUAUACCCCGUAGGGGCCGUCAAUAAUUCGAAACAUACCACUAAUAAUAUGGUUUACCAUCACUGGUUGGUUUGGGUGGGUCGGACCCAUUCCCCUUAAGUAAGGGAUGUCCCUUGUGAAUGGAGAAAAUCAGUGUUGGGAGAGUAUACCCUCAUAGGAGCCAAAAAAAUCUCGAACCAAAACCAUAGGAAGGAAAAAAAAAUAAAAAUGAUAACAUAAAUAAAACUGGAUUCAUGGGUUCCCUGGUGAAAAAUUAUAAUUUUAAAAGACUUUCUUGGUUGGUUGGGUAUAUGUUUCUUUAUGCACUAAUUUAAGAAUUUCAUGGAACUUAAUUGCAUGAUCACAUAUUGAGUUUGCUACAUUUCAGCUUUUGAAGAUUGUGUUGGUAUUUCUUUUAUGAUUUGUAUACAUUGAUGAGAUUUUGCUAUGAAAUGCAAGUUGUUUGAAAUAAGUUGAGUUAACUUUGUGAGCCAUUUGAUUAUGGGUAGCUUUUGUGGGUUAAUGAGUACAUACUUGAGGGCAAGUCUGAUCUAAGUGUGGGGGAUUUGAUAAUAUGCAUAAUUAUGCAGCUUUAUUAUUACAAAUUAUCUAGACAUUGAGUUUGAUUUCAUUUAAAACAGAUUGAUUUGUUUAAGUUUCAUUAUCUUGGUAGGAUUGGAGGAUAACAAAGAAAAAUCCAAUUGGGAACCCACAUUCUGAGAUAAAAGGUGGCCACAAUCAAAUUCAUAAAAGAAUACUCUAGAUAAGCUGUGUUAUGGACUGCGUUAUGGGCACAAGCAUACUUGACAAACAAAGCCGACAUGAAAUCCGGGAACCACCAAACAGAUAAUUCUUAUCUGCCAAACUGUACUCAAUUUUGAUUUUAGAUCCUUAUAUUGGGUUAGGACUCUUAGCACUAUAAAAAGGGGGGCAUUCUGAUGUAUCGAUCAUCUCAUCUUAUCUUUCAUCUCCUAUUUUUAGCCAUGAACUUGUGUGGCUAAAUUUCUCCUUUCAGUUAGAGGAUAAUUAAAAGUUCCAGUUAAACGGGUUGUGAGAUUGAUGUAAUUUUAUAGUUUUCUCAAUUAUUAGUAUUUAUAUUAUUCCUGUGUUUAUUGCUUAAUAUCAUUCUAUGGGUUGUUGCAUUAAGGCGCCAUUGCUCAAUUGAUAGAAUGGUAGACUGCUAUUCAGGUUAGUUAAAUCCGCAAUUGUUUAACUAAACUGAAAUAGGUAGUGAAUUAGGUUGCGUAAGGCCUUCCUAAGGAAUAAUAUAAUCUAACUUAAAUGAACCGAGCGUCUCGCGUUUGUUAGUUAGAAUCAGGUCCUUU